AUGAACCGAGCAAUAAGAACGCAUCAAAAGGGAAUCAGACAAUAUGAGCAAAUGUCGUUGCAAUGCGGUGGCAUUUUCAGAUUAGACAAAGAAAUAAUCGGAUUUCGACGGGGAGACAAAAUGCGGGUAGCUUAUCAGUCAGAAACGGUAGUUGAAGGCGGUUUGAUAACGCACAUUCCAUUCGCAAUUAUCGAUGAGAGUGGGGGCACGGAACUGCAAGUAUCGAAAUAUUACAGACUCCAAGGUGUUAUCGCAAUGGACAACUUCACCGCUCGACAGCGGUUGUUUCUACAUCGGGAAUCAGUGGCGGCCGUCAGCAAAACCACUGCCUCUGUCGAGGCGCUGACCAACAGUGUAACAUUUAUAGGACGGGGAGUGGUGGUGUCGUAUAACGACGCAAAUUCGGGGCCCGACAAGGGGGAUUAUCACGUAGCAUGUGUUAAGCAUUGGCAGUGGGAUAUUACGGCCCUGGAGUGGGUUGAUUUUACAGCCGAGUACCUAUGCGAUGUCGACGUAUUAGGUAAAGAGAAGGCAGCAUUGUUAAGGGAUGGCAACGCGCUGGAGUUGACGGGGCAUGCCAUCAGUUGGUCGGAUUGGCGCGGGGGAUGGAUUAUCAAGUACUGCGAGUAUGCCAAUCAUGACGGGUACUCAGCCGAGUAA